AUGGCCGUCUGGUUUCGGUGGGAAUCUGUGGACCGUCUGUGGAUUCUUACAGACUCCAUGCGGCCUGGUCAUGGAUACCAGCGUCAUGCCAAAAGGAUUGUGGAUCUGAAGCGGGAGGCGAGUAUCUGUCACAUGCUCAAACAUCCUCACAUCGUGGAGCUGCUGGAGACCUACAGCUCCGACGGGAUGCUCUACAUGGUCUUUGAGUUUAUGGAUGGAGCUGAUCUGUGCUUCGAGAUCGUGAAGAGGGCCGAUGCCGGCUUCGUCUACAGCGAGGCUGUGUCCAGUCACUACAUGCGACAGAUACUUGAAGCUCUGCGCUACUGCCACGAUAACAACGUCAUUCACAGAGACGUCAAGGUGAGACUCGUCUUAAAUGAUUACUGCUCACUAACCCUAACCUGUGACUUUCUGAGUCUUUUCCCAUGCAAGUAUGUGGGUGAACUCUUUCGUCUCACGGUGCAGCUCGAUCAGUUUGACAGAGCCGUGAUCUGCGGACAGGACUCUCCGUCACCGCUGAAGGCGGAGGGUCGUCGUAAUGAGUCCCAGGCUGCCUCUGGAUGUGACCAGCACCGGAGCAUUGGAGGCGUGAAUUGCGAUAAGGCCCGAGUGGUGGCCUUGCGCACCGAGCCCGAGAGCAUGAAGUACAUGACGGGGUCCAAGCAGCUGUUGAGAGCCGAGAACAGCAGCAUGAGCUCGUUGCGCGAUCAUAGGCACCACCAUCACCAGAGAGCCGCUCCACAGCAGAACGCAGGUCACCAGACUCCAGCGGCUGCCCCUGAGCCAGCGCAGCCCGCAGCCCCUCUGAGAGCCCCGCACGCCGAUGAUCUUCAGAUAGCGGUCCAGACUGAUCAGACCCAUCAGGGUGAUGCUGACGUACAUGUUCAUGUAGAACAGGUUGCCCACCGCCUUGCACAUGCGCGGCCCCAGCGACCACACGUUCCCCUGAGCGUGGUACAGCACACGGAAGGGAAGACACGCCAGCAGAACCAGGUCCGCCAGCGCCACGUUGAUGAGGAAGACGCGCACGGAGUUUCUGCGCGAGUGCAGGAAGAGGAAGACCCACAGAGCCAGCAGGUUUCCUGCCAGACCGAACAGAAAGAUGAGCGAGUAGAGCACCGCCAGCGGGAGCCGCAGGUUCUCCUCCUCCAGAGGACACGAGCGGUUGCUGAAGGUGUGGUUGGUGAAGCGCUGCAGCUGGAUGAAGUGUUUGUGUGGUUCAGCGGUGUGUUUGUUUGUCAGAUGAACCCACGGCAGUGGAGUCAGAUCUCUGAGAGCGCUAAAGACCUGGUGCGACGCAUGCUAAUGCUGGACCCGGCCGAGAGAAUCACCGUCUAUGAGGCGCUCAACCAUCCCUGGCUCAAGGAGAGAGAUCGCUACUCGUACAAGAUCCACCUGCCCGAGACGGUGGAGCAGCUGAGGAAGUUCAACUCUCGGAGGAAACUGAAGGGCGCCGUCCUCGCUGCCGUCUCGAGUCACAAGUUCAACUCGUUCUAUGGCGACCCUCCUGAAGACCUCCACGAUUUCUCAGAGGACCCCACGUCUUCAGGAUUGCUUGCUGCAGAAAGGGCCGUGUCUCAGGUUCUGGACAGUCUGGAGGAGAUCCACGCGCUGACCGACUGCAGUGAGAAAGAUCUGGACUUCCUGCACAGCGUCUUCCAGGACCAACAUCUGCACACACUGCUGGAUCUGUACGACAAGAUUAACACCCGCUCGUCGCCGCAGAUCAGGAAUCCGCCCAGUGACGCCGUCCAGAGAGCCAAAGAGGUGUUGGAGACGCUCUCCUGUUAUCCUGAGAACAUGGAGGCAAAAGAGCUGAAGAGAAUCCUGACACAGCCGCAUUUCAUGGCGCUGCUGCAGACGCACGAUGUCGUGGCUCAUGAGGUUUACAGCGACGAGGCGCUGCGAGUGACGCCUCCACCCACGUCCCCUUACCUCAACGGAGACUCGCCCGAGAGCAUCAGCGGAGACAUGGACCUGGAGAACGUCACGCGUGUGCGCCUGGUGCAGUUCCAGAAGAACACGGACGAGCCCAUGGGCAUCACUCUGAAGAUGAACGAUCUGAACCACUGCAUCGUGGCUAGAAUCAUGCACGGCGGGAUGAUCCACAGACAGGGGACGCUGCAUGUUGGAGACGAGAUUCGUGAAAUCAACGGCAUCAGUGUGGCCAAUCAGACGGUGGAGCAGCUCCAGAAGAUGCUGCGGGAGAUGCGAGGCAGCAUCACCUUCAAAAUUGUGCCCAGUUACCGCAGUCAGUCUCUGUCCUGUGAUAAAGAUUCGCCUGAUCUGUCCGGACAGUCUCCUGCGAACGGCCACUCCAGUGUCACCAGCUCCAUCUUAGAUCUGCCAUCAACUAUCCAGCCCAAAGGAAGACAGAUCUCCAGACCUGCAGUCAAGGAUAAAAUGUUUCGGAAGAUUUACGUUCGAGCGCAGUUCGAGUACGAUCCUGCUAAAGACGACCUGAUUCCCUGUAAAGAGGCUGGCGUUCGUUUCCGGGUGGGUGACAUCAUCCAGAUCAUCAGUAAGGACGAUCAUAACUGGUGGCAGGGCAAACUGGAGAACACCAAGAACGGCACGGCGGGCCUCAUUCCCUCGCCGGAGCUGCAGGAGUGGCGUGUGGCGUGUAUAGCGAUGGAGAAGACCAAGCAGGAGCAGCAGGCCAGCUGCACAUGGUUCGGCAAGAAGAAGAAACAGUACAAAGACAAAUACUUAGCCAAACACAACGCAGAUCUGGUGACGUAUGAAGAGGUGGUGAAGCUGCCGGGGUUCAAGAGGAAAACGCUGGUGCUGCUGGGAGCUCAUGGCGUCGGCCGGAGACACAUCAAGAACACUCUCAUGGCAAAACAUCCCGAAAGAUUUGCGUAUCCCAUCCCACACACCACCAGACCUCCGAAGAAGGACGAGGAGAACGGCAAGAACUACUUCUUUGUGUCACAUGACCAGAUGAUGCAGGACAUCUCCAAUAACGAUUACCUGGAGUACGGCAGCCACGAGGACGCCAUGUACGGCACGCGCCUCGAGACCAUCCGCCAGAUCCACGAGCAGGGCAUGGUGGUCAUCCUGGACGUGGAGCCGCAGGCGCUGAAGGUUCUGCGGACGGCUGAGUUUGCGCCGUAUGUCAUCUUCAUCGCAGCACCGACUAUCACUCCUGCGAUGAACGAGGACGAGUCUCUCCAGCGGCUGCAGAAGGAGUCGGAGGCGCUGCAGCACUCUUACACACAUUACUUCGACCAGACGAUCAUCAAUAACGAGAUCGACGACACCAUCCGCCUGCUGGAGGAGGCUAUCGAUCUGGUGUCUAGCACUGCGCAGUGGGUGCCGGUGUCCUGGGUGUACUAGCCAUCUCACACACACACACACACGGACUUUACAGCCCGGCCACUACCAGUGCGUAGCGUUGUAUAUAUCUAUACAUAUAUAAAUAUCUAUAAAUAUGAAUAUAUAAGUCAUAGAUAUGGUCCUGUACGAAUAACGAGGGGGGUUGAUGACUUUUUAUACGGUUUUCUUUUUAAACGUACGAGACGGCGUCUCAGAGCAAUGAUGAGCACAGUCAGUGGAGGGGGAGGAGCCAACACCCAUCAGCCCCACACUGUGGGCGUGGCUACGUGACUCCGCCCACUUGCCUGCAGUAUAUAAGCACAGCUGACCCUCUCUCUCUCUCACACACACAUGAGCACCGUUUGCAUACACCCCUCUGUUUACAGAUGUAGGUUUGCACAAAGGGCAGCGCAGCCCAGCGCUCUUCCUCGGGCUGCUCCUCCUCUUCCUCUAGAUGUGUGUGUCGAGAUCCACCUCCGAGCCUCAUGCCCCGUGUAGUGACGUGUUUGUAAAUUGUCUUGGAUUUGCUUUCUUGUGCGGAACGAGGAGGAAAAUAUUAAUUCCUAGAUCGACCAUUUCAGAAAAUGUGUUGUCUUAAGAGUAUUAUUGUUUUACUCCAAGAAAACCGAGAGGAUUUAAUUGUGUGUAAAUGUUUCAAUGGUGCGUAAAUUUGCGGUUGAAAUGAAGUAGUGUGUGCAUAAACAACUGAACAGACUGUGUGAACUCUUAAUUUCAUAUCGCCCUGUGUAAAUUCCUCUGCAAAUGAUGAAACUGCUCUUCAGUAUGUCUGUUUGUUUGUUUUUUCUAUUUCCUUUCAUGUGUUGGAAAAAGUAAAUUGCUUUUGAAAUCA